GCCUCCCGCUCAUCUGUUCAGUCACAUCGACACAAACGCUCGAACAUGGCGGAAGAAGCUCCAGCAGCACCUGCAACGGCUAAAGUUUCCAAGAAGAAGAGCGCGGCGGCGGCGGCCCCGAGGAAGAAGGAUGGCCUGCCUCUGCCCAAGCUCAUCGUCGGCAUCCUGACGGACUCCAAGGAGCGCAAAGGGAUGUCCAUGGCGGCCAUCAAGAAGGCUCUGGGAACCAAGGGCGUUGAUUUGGCCAAAGCCAACAAACGCGUCAACAUCACCAUGAACAGGCUGGUCAGCAAUGGGACCCUGACCCAGACGAAAGGGACCGGGGCUUCCGGCUCUUUCAGACUGGCUAAGAAGGAGACUGUAAAGAAGUCCAAGCCGGUGAAGAGAGCGCCUCCGAAAGUCAAGAAGCCCGUUGCCAAGAAGAGCCCGGCCAAGAAGCCUGCUGCCAAGAAGACCGCUGCCAAGAAACCGGCUGCCAAAAAGUCAGCCAAGAAAGCAGCGACCAAGGCUUCCCCGAAGAAGGCCGCCAAAGCUGCGAAGUCACCAGCGAAGAAGUCCGUGAAGAAGAGCACCCCGAAGAAGGCCAAGCCUGUGAAGAAGCUCGCUGCGAAGAAACCUGCAGCCAAGAAGGCCAAGAAGUAAAGCCACAGUCCCGGACCCGCACUCCAAGCACCAAAGGCUCUUUUAAGAGCCACCACCGCCUCCCUA